CCACCCAUAGAUUGGUGCUCCACCCAUAGAUUGGUGUGUCAGCAGGGGAGGGCAAAGCCAAUGAAGCCAUCGGCCACAUCGCCUUCCCCUUAAGAAACCUCCCUCUCCUCGGGGCGGAGCUUUCGAAGCUCGCCCACUCUCUCUCACCCUCGCAACCAUCACCGCCGCCCACCGUUCCCAACGCCGCCGCAUCUAUAUCUACUCCUUCUCGCAUGCCCCGCCCGCCGCCGCCGCCGCUGCCCCCUCCUCCUCCCGCCCCCAAGUGACAGUGACUCCCUCCGCCGCCGCCGCAUCUCUCCCUCGCCCCGCCGCGAGAUCUCCGGCUGCCUGCGUCAUGGUCGCCGCCUCCGGCCUCGCGCCGCCGCGGGCGGCCGCCCCCUGUCCGCGCACGCGCGGCGGCCUCCGGCCCGGCUUCCUCCGAUUCGUGCCGCCUGUGGCGCCGCCGCCGCAGCAGCUUCGUUGCUGCGCCUCCACCGUCGACGACAGCGUGGUAUGCGCAGCGGCCUCCAAGCCCCGCCUCCCCAGAGUGGUUGGUAUGGGUUCAAAGCUCGUUGGAUGCGGGUCGGCCAUCCCAACACUUAGCAUUUCAAAUGAUGACCUUUCAAAAAUAGUUGAAACAUCAGAUGAAUGGAUCGCGGCUCGAACUGGGAUUCGGAAUAGGCGAGUUCUUUCAGGAGAUGAAACAUUGCGGGGGCUCUCAAUACAGGCAGCACAAAGGGCUCUUGAGAUGGCUCAAGUAAAAGCUGAUGAUGUUGAUCUUGUUCUCCUUUGUACAUCUACUCCAGAUGAUCUGUUCGGAGGUGCUGCUCAGGUGCUGACGGAAGUGGGGUGCACAAAUGCAUUUGGAUUUGAUAUUACAGCUGCCUGCAGUGGGUUCAUAGUGGGCUUAAUCACAGCUACUCGUUUUAUCAAAGGUGGAGGUGUUCGGAAUGUCCUAGUAGUUGGUGCAGACGCUCUUUCAAAAUUCGUGGAUUGGACAGACAGAGGUACAUGCAUCCUUUUUGGUGAUGCUGCCGGAGCUGUGUUGGUUCAGGCAUGCAGUGCUGAUGAAGAUGGCUUGCUAGGUUUUUGCAUUCAAAGUGAUGGCAACGGACAAAAGCACCUAAAUGCUGGAACACUAAACGUUGAGUCAAUCUUGUUCAAUACCAAUGGUGUUCCUGGAUUCCCACCAAAAAAGGCAACCUACUCAUGCAUUCAAAUGAACGGAAAGGAAGUUUUCCGAUUUGCUGUGCGUUUCGUACCACAGUCCAUUGAGAAGGCACUAGAAGAGGCUGGUUUACCUGCAUCCAGUAUCGAUUGGCUAUUGCUACAUCAAGCUAAUCAGCGGAUUAUUGAUGCUGCUGCCAGCCGGUUAGAUAUCCCAUCUGAUAAAGUUAUUUCAAAUCUUGCUAAUUACGGCAACACCAGUGCCGCAUCCAUUCCAUUAGCAUUGGAUGAGGCUGUUCGCAGCGGCAAGGUGAAGACCGGUGAUACUAUUGCAGCAUCAGGUUUUGGAGCUGGACUCACAUGGGGUUCGGCUAUUGUCAAAUGGGGCUGAUCAUUCCACGUGAACUACGGCAUCACAUGAAAGAGAUGGCUUCAAACGCUCUACAUGGCCUUGGGGGCCUAUAUUUAAUGGUCCAUUUACCCAUUUCUCCCUGCAACAUUUUUCUUUUGCAUCUGUCGUCUUUUUUGCACAUGAAAAAUCAGUGGCAUUUUGCCCUUUUCAUCUAUUCUUUUGGCUCAUUACACAGCUCUGUUGUCCAUGUGGUUAGUUUGUAAUGUAGUUCUCCGUAGUUUGAGAUGACAAUGGUGACACUAAAGAGGAUAUUAUACUGUAAAGUUAAUGGGCCUUAACAAGAUUUUGUCUGAAAUUUUAUUGAACUGUGGUCGAUCUUGUGGCCUCAAGCAAUAAGCAUGUACAACGACAGAUGGACAUAUGCUGUAGACCAAUGCUGAACACAAUGCUUAGUGUAAUGUGUUUUGCUUU